CACAGCGACCACGGGGCUUCGUCUGCUCGGCGAAGUUGUGUCAACACGCCGGGAAAACGCGCUGCCUGGAUUCAUGAGGCACCUCCACACUCGCUCUCCUCUUUCCUGCGGCGCCGGGGGACUUUUGACCAUUCUCGGUUGCUAUAGAGCCCCGUUUAGCUUAAGGAAAUGUGCUGGUAGACACCAUUAGUUUAGCCCACUCAUUAAGUACCUGCAGAUCUACUGCAGGAGAGUUUUUUUUUUCUUUUUUUUUUUCUUUUUCUUUCUUUCUUUUUUUUUUUUUUACACCAACAAGCGGAAUACUGCCGAUAACCUUAAACAUUAAGGAUCUUAACAGAAGUGAACAAUGCUCAGACUGGAGACCAUCAUUUGCACUUUUUCUGUGCUGUCGGUUGCGGUAAGAGCUGAUUUUAAAGCUCGGAACUGCAGCGAGGUGAGGGACGCUUGUAUCGGGAAAGGCUUCAGCUUCGCACAUGUUCCUGUUCAGGAGAUCCCAGGUGACCAUCUUCGCAUAUGUCCUCAGGGAAACACAUGUUGCACCCAGGAAAUGGAGGACAAAUUUGGCCAACAGAGUAAACAGGACUUUGAGAAUCUGGUGGAUGAAAUGAGUCACGAAUUGAGAAGCACCUUUGUUUCCAGACAUAAGAAAUUUGAUGAAUUCUUCCUGGAGCUACUGGAGAACACAGAGAGGUCCCUGAAUGAGAUGUUUGUGAGGACUUACGGCAAGCCUUACAUGCAGAACUCAGAGGUCUUUGAGAACCUGUUUGUUGAGCUGAAGCGCUAUUACACAGGAGGGAAUGUUAACCUGGAGGAAAUGCUUAAUGACUUUUGGUCGCGGCUACUGGAGCGUAUGUUCACACUGCUCAACUCCCAAUAUGUCAUCACAGAGGACUAUCUGGAGUGUAUCAGUAAGUACACCGACCAGCUCAAGCCCUUUGGAGACGUGCCCAGGAAGCUCAAGGCUCAGGUUACCCGGGCAUUCAUCGCUGCACGCACAUUUGUCCAAGGGCUCUCCGUUGGCCGGGAGGUGGCCCAGAGAGUGUCUAAGGUAAGCAGCACUCCAGCAUGUAUGCGAGCGCUGACAAAGAUGCUGUACUGCCCUUUUUGUCAGGGCAUACCAGCAGUUAAAUCCUGUAAGAACUACUGCCUGAAUGUCAUGAAGGGCUGCCUGGCCAAUCAAGCUGACCUGGAUCCUGAAUGGAACCAGUACAUUGAUGCCAUGCUGCUGGUGGCGCAGAGGCUGGAAGGACCUUUCAACAUUGAGUCUGUCAUGGAGCCUAUUGAUGUCAAGAUUUCAGAGGCCAUCAUGAAUAUGCAAGAUAACAGUGCCCAGGUCUCCUACAGGGUUUUUCAAGGCUGUGGCCAGCCAAAACCCGCAGGAAUGACUAGGUCUACCCGUGGUGUUUCGGAUGUGUUCAACGCCCGCUUCAGGCCGUACAGCCCAGAAGAGCGGCCUACCACUGCAGCUGGCACAAGCCUAGACAGACUGGUGGUUGACAUAAAAGAGAAGCUGAAGCUGUCCAAGAGAUUUUGGUCCAACCUGCCUGAGGCAAUGUGCGUGGAGGACAGAGUGACCGCUGGAAAUGCCAGUGAUGAGGAGUGCUGGAAUGGGCACGCCAAGGGCAGGUACUUCCCUGAAGUCCAAAAGGAUGGACUGACUAACCAGGUGAAUAACCCUGAGGUGGGUGUGGACAUCACCCGUCCAGACACCUUCAUCCGACAGCAGAUCAUGGCUCUGAGAGUGAUGACCAACAAGUUGAAAAAUGCCUACAAUGGCAAUGAUAUCUACUUUCAAGACUCAAGCGAUGAAGGCAGUGGCUCAGGCAGCGGCAGCGGCUGCACAGAGGUCUGCCCUACAGACAUGGACGGUUCUGCCACCGAAGCCCCAGUGGUGAAAGCCGACCGAAGCGGCCCUGUGGGUGACUCUGCCCCACUCCAUGCACCCUAUGUAGCCCUGCCAACCAUGCUGGCCCUCUCUGCCCUGGCACUCCACCGACAAUGGAGAUAAUGCUGGAGGAAUGGGCCAAACAUGGACAGAAGGGUUUUUUUUUUCCUUUUUUUUUUUUUCUUUUUGCAGUUUUUGUAUUCAGGCAGAUUGGAGCUACAGUCAGGCAGACAGUAUUCAGGCUGCCAGCCUUGAGGCUAGAGGAGUCUGCUCGGAAAAAGAGAGCAGUCAUGCAUCAUGAUUUCCCACUUUCCCAAAGAUCGUGCAGUGCCAUCCUUAGACUUGAUAUUUUUUGGCAUCACCUCACCAUCUAACACUGAUGCCAACCCAACUCAACAAACUCUCUUUCAGAGAUUGAAAAAAAAAAAAAAAAAAAACCUAUUUCUUGCACAUAUGGCAGGUAUUAAUGUAGGUCUCCAUGUGAAAAAAACAUAACAUGCACUUUGAUUGUUUUGAUUUUUUUUAAAUGCAAAAAUUGUUUGUGUGUUGAAAAAUGUUGAGAAUGUGGUUAUUUGAUGCACCUAAAAGAGGCACAAGUUUCAUAUUUGUUUAAUAUUGUAUUUUGAAACAAAUACAAAGCAUAACGAUCUAAAUGACAAAAAAUUCAUCAACGUGGUUUCUGCCUAAAAUUUUAAUUGACUCUAUUUUCCAGCCAUUAACUCAUGUGCCAAUUAUUGAUUUUUGAGAGAAGUGAAUAGUCUGUCAUGAACUGUCAUGUUUUAUGUUUCUUUUUAAAUCAAAUGCAGCCACCAAAUCAAAUUUCUUCAUCUUAUGUUUUACAGUAAUUUCAUCCAUUUCAACCAUCAAGAAUUAAUUAAAGGGUUGGUCAUGGAUCUGCUCUGCUCUUAGCUAUCCAUGAAACUGUUCAGCAGCCGCCUCGUGCUACAACAUACAUUGUGUUAAAAGGGAUAAGAUUGACAUUUUUAUAUAGUCAUUUGCCUUGCAACAAAUGUAUUAUCUGCAAAAUAUUCUCAUAUCAUGCUGAUUUCUCAGGCAUGGCUUCUGGAGUAAACAGCCUGGACAGAAUUAUCAUGGAGCAGUUAUUGCCAUACAGAGACGGUGCCACCAAUAUACAGCAGUGCCAUCGUAGUGAUGCUGGUUCUGUAGUGUCGUGGGGUGCAUGUCCUUGCAUAAAAUUAAUUCAUUCAUGUCAGAGUGGGCUAAAAAAAUUUCAACCCUCACUAAUUCACUAAUGUAUAAUUAAUUAUAUAUGCUGAAUAUAUUUCUGGGGCUUAUGUCUCCAUUGACUGGUGUUUCCACCUAACUACUGUAAAGCGUAGUGACCUGCAUACACAACCACUCAAUAAGCAGAUACACAAAACAGCUAUUUUUAAAAGAUAUUUAAAUGAUUCUUAAACAUACUCUGGUGACAUAAUGAAGCCCUACAAAAGACGUCCCACACAGUGACUGAAAGUCAUGAUUUUGUCCUAUAUGCUUGUGUAAAUGGACAUGUGCAUUGCACUAUGAAAAGCAAAUUAAUUCAAUACAGAAUCACCACCACUGAAGGUGGUAUUGUGCAGCUGGAAUCUCUGUAUUAAUUUGCAGUAAUUUGGGCCUAUAAAAGUUUUCUGCUGUAUCCUCAGAAUACUCUUCAAGUAUUUCCACAAAAAGUGUUUGAUAAAUACAGGAAUUGCAUAUACAGGAGCAAAAAAAGGUGUGUUGGCCACUUUAGCGUAUAUGAUUUAAUAGCCAAAGCUUAUUCUGUAACUGCUGUAACAGUUUAAAUAGUCAUUAAAAUGUGCAUUGUAGCAACAAACUAAAAUGCUGUCAGACAGUAUUAAAAAGUCAAGUUGUAAAUCACAAAAAAUUAAAAAAAAAAAAAUAUAUAUAUAUAUAUAUAUUACCACAGUUAUUUAAAAGGUUAGGGAAUUAUUAAGAGAAGAAGUAGCAAACAGCACACA